AUGGACGCGGAGGAGAUCAAUCUCGGCUUCCUCGAAGACGCGCCGCCGCAGUCCCUGCGGCGCUGGUGUUUUCCUUCGAAAGUUGGCGGGAAGCCUGAGUGGCUGGAAACGCGGCAGCUGCCGAAAAGCGAAGACUUGACGUGCCCGACAUGCAAGGAGAUUCAGACUUUCUUGCUCCAGGUGUACGCGCCUGUGGAUGACUGUGCGGGGGCUUUCCAUCGCGCGCUGCUGCUCUUUGGGUGCAUGCGGUGCGGCUCGGGCUUCUCGCUCUUCCGCUGUCAGAUGCCGAAGGAGAACGCACUCUAUCCUUCCUUCCCGCUGGCCUCGGUGCCCAGCGAGGUCUUCUGGAGCGCCUGGCGGGAGGCGGCGACUGCGAAGAGCCUCUCCGCGCCGCGCGGCAAGCACCUGAGCGAGCGCGAGGAGUUGCGGCUGGCGCUUGCGAAGCUGCAGGCCGAGGAGGCGCGUGUGCAGAGUUCCUGCUGCCCGGUGUGUGGACUCCCCGGAGACACCUGCAACCCGAGUGGCGCUACAGCCCUCGAGGACGCGCAGGCCGCCAGCAUGAAGACCAAAGUUCUGCAGCUGCUGCGGCUGAGAAACGACGAGGCGACCGCAGCCUACGAGCGAAAGUGCGAAGAAGAAGGCAAGGCCAGCGCGCGCGUCGUCGACGUCGACGAAGAGGAGGCCGUCUUUGAGGAGUUCGAGCGCCAAGCGGAGCGAGGACUGCCUUGUCUUCAUCGGCGAUGCCGAAUUUUCGCCGCGCAUCGAAGCCGCGGGCUGUGCUGCGCGUUGCCUGAGUUCGAGCUGGCGGUCGGCGAAGAGGAGGAGGACGCCGAAGACGACGGAGACACGUCGGCGGCGUACGCCUACGAACGCGAGCUCUUGAGAAAGUACGAAGAAGAGGAAAAGGCCGAUCCAGACGCCGUGUUGGAUCCUUCGGAGCAAGAUGCGUUCGAGAAUAUCCACGAAGAGCACACUUCGCAGGAUCCGCAGCUGAGUGGCUUUCUGAAGCGGUGCUCAGCGGCGCCGGCGAACCGCGGCCAGGUGCUUCGGUACGCCCUCGGCGGAAAGCCCUUGUGGCCUUUCACGCCCGGUCAGCUGGCGAGUCAGCCUCCGGCGUGCGAGCGGUGCGGCGCGAAGCGGCAGUUCGAGUUCCAGGUGCUUCCGCAGUUCCUCUUUGAACUGCGAAAGUCUGCGGGCGCUGUCGCGGACGGAGGCGCCAAGCCGAGCGCUGUCGCGGGGAAACGAGACAAGCGCGAAGCAGCGGGUGGCGACCGGGCUGGGAGCGAGGGUCGGGCUGCAGGCGAUGGCGAGACGGCACAGGAAGCCAAUGGCGGCUCGCAGCCAGGCGCCCCCCCCCGGCCAACCCCCCAAAUAGUCGAGGAAGAAGAGGUCGGUGGGGCCUGCAGAGCCGAGGCCGCGCAGGCCGCCGCCGAGAGACUUCACUUUGCGCUGGUCUGUGUGUACACGUGCAAGGCACACUGCGGAGGAGCGGAAGAGAGACAAAACGCCGAGGCGGUCCAAGCGCGCGAUGCAGUUGCAGCAGAAAACCACGCGACAGCGUAUCCGUACAUAAAAGAGUUCGUGUACGUACAGCCGGAUCCCUUCUUCGUGAAGCAACAAAAGAAGGAAACCGCGUGA